AUGCACAGCUCACCAUUCAUGAACGUCCCCGCCGAGGUGCGCGGUCUCAUUUAUGAAUACUUGUUCGACGAUGCUGGCAACGACCGAUUAGAAAUCCGCAACAUCGAAUACCCGAUGCUGCCCAAGAGAGAGGACAGAGUUCGGACAAAGUAUCACCUGCUUGACCAUUCUAUAGUACGGCGGUGCUACCAGGCCACCUACCACCUCAAGACCAAGGACGCCUACUUUUGCGCAUCAUUGAUGCGCGUCAAUCGCAAGAUUUAUGAGGAAACUUCAUACAUCGUCUACUCGAGGCACUCUUUUGACUUUGGCGUCGAUAUCGAGGCGGUACAGCCCUUUUUCAGCGAUCUUACCCCGGGGAGCCGCCAACUCAUCCAGGAAGUCUCCCUUUGCAAACGCGGCCCGCUGCCCAUUUUUGAAAAUGAUCGGAGCGAGUGGCGGAAUCUAUGUCGGUACCUGGGCGAGUCCUGCGUGGUCAAGAAGCUGCGGCUCGUCGUGCAAGGCGGUCGGCCUAAUGUGGACUGGACAGGCCCCAAGGAGUUUUCGGCCCGUGACUUGCAGCUCCUGGCCGACCUCAAGCACGAGAGCCUCGACUGGGUGAGCGAGUUGGCGCAGGUGGAAAUCAAAGAAUUGGAAGUCUUGCCCGAUCUGCAUUACGCACCGCCGCCCACGACUUCCCACGGGCUCAUCUUUGCCGCCGUUUCGGCUAGCAUUGAGAAGGGUCUGACAGAGUUCUUGCGAUCGCAAUUACACCUUGCUCCGAGGGUGGGCUUCUGA